CUGCUUCUCAACAUGGCGGCAGAAACUGAAAGCUGUGCUUCGCAAAUGUCCGUGGACAAGGAAAGUGAUUUGCUAAAAUACGGAGAGGAUAUAUCUCCAGAAAAGGAUGGUGGAGUGCGAAAAAUUGUUAAGGUAGAAAGUACUGAAGGGAGCAAGCCGCCGAUUGGAAGUAAAGUAAAAGUUUUUUAUCGUGGAACAUUUCUCAACAGUGGAGAGGAAUUCGAUUCAAACUUCGGGAGAAGAGAACCGUUUGAAUUUGAAGUCGGAAAGGGUAGGCUUGUGUUUUACUGAUAUGUAGAACAGGAAAAAAAUGUCUUAAAAUUUUGAUUCUUGUAAUGUGAGCAGGUCAGCCGGUUUUGAUGGGAAAAACUUCACCCAGCUCGCAAGCGAAUUACAAAAAAAUAUAAGUGUUAAAUAAGCUUAAUUGGGCAUGGGUAGCGUGCAAGCUGCAUUGCAAAGAACUUAAUGGGAGAAGCCACAUUCUUUUUCCUCGGGUGCAUGGCCCAUGGUCUGGUGCCUAACUUUCACUCCUGGGCGACUGGAAAAUCGUGGUUUUCUCAUAGAAAUCAUAUGCUUGGCACCCUAGUUGAAGUUCAGGGCACUGGGCUCCCUUCAAUAGGCUGAUUUAACAACAGGACGGGAAUGUCAUGUGAUGACAGGAAAGUGUGUGGAAAGGACUAAACACGACUUCCGGUGCUCAAUUUGCGACUCUGCUAUUGGUCUAACCAGUUGUGUGAUUUGCGCGCGGUGUCAUCAACUGACGUUCCGGUUCUGUGGCUAAAUCAGUUAAAUAUUUUGUUAGAGCACAUCCUCAGAGACCCAGGGACAGAUAGUGGGGGCGAGGGAAAGUCUAAACGGGCAGAAAAAUAUGGCACAAAGAAAAGUAAAGAACGGCGAGAAGAGCCCCUGGGGACAAUGUCUUACCAGACCAGUUCCAAACGGUCGCCGCCGUUCUGCCUUCUGAUUGGGGAGAAAAACACACAAAAGUUUUCUGGUACCAAUCAGAAGUCAGAACGGCGGCGACCGUUUGGAACUGGUCUGGUAAGACAUUGUCCCCAGGGGCUCUUCUCGCUGUUCUUUACUUUUCUUCCUACCACAUUUUUCCCCCCGUUUAGACUUUCCCUCGCCUCCACUAUCUGCCCCUGGGUCUCCGAGGAUGGUUAGAGCACAGCUUUGUUUCCAUAUUUAUGUAAAACGAAGCAGUAGGGAGGAUUAUGUGCGUGACUCUGCUUAACCCUUUCAAUCCUAGAAUACUUUUUGAUGGAAUGAUUGUAAAAUCUGUGGACAAAGUCAUAGUAUAACACAUAGUACUAUAUAUUUCUUAGGAUUUAACAAAAAGAUGUAAAUUUGAAUUUUUGUAAAUUUUAAGAUUGGCCUCUUCGGACUGAUAGGGUUAAAACAGGCUUCACCAUUUUUUUUGUUUUUAGGUGUAGUGAUACAAGGAUGGGACAUUGCUGUUCCUUCUAUGAAUGCUGGUGAGACCAGUCUCUUCACCAUUAAACCUGAGUAUGCCUAUGGAAAAGAAGGUAGUGGCCUGAAAAUACCCCCAGAUGCUACUCUUCAGUUUGAAAUUGAGCUUGUUCUCUGGAAAGGGGAAGACUUGACAAAAGAUGGUCAGGUGACAAAAAUAGUUCUGCAGAAAGGAGAAGGAUAUGACAAGCCCAAUACUGGUGCCAACUGUGAAGGUUAGAAAGUUUCAUUAGUUUUAAAUAUUUAGCUAAUAGAUAAAUAGCGUGUAUUGAUCAUCACUUUAAAAAGCAAUUUUGCCUAAAUUGCCUGUAUACAUGUAUUUAACUAACAAUACUUAGAUAAUUAUCAUAACCCAAAACCUUAAAUUACAGCUGCAUAUGUACAUGUACAUUUUGCUUGCAAAAUCUUUAAAUAGUAAUCAUUAACACAAUUUUUAGGGGAUUUAAUAAUAUUAAUUGGUAUUCAUUCAAAUGACAGUCAAUUUAGAUUCAGUUAAAAGAUGAGUGCAGGCCUGAUUUUAGUUACUGUUACUGAAUACUAAUACAUUGUAAAACUGUCAGUGGAAAAGUGAAUCAUUGGGAUGAACUCUAUAAAAUGGACACCCCUUUAAUGUGGACAGUUGCUCUGUCUUUGUCCAUAUCAGAGAACUGUAACUUUGUAACUUUAUUUGAUUUACCACAAAAUACAAAUAACGAUAAAACAAGACGGUUACACAAAAGCAAAUGGAAGUGGCGAGGAAGCCCAAAAAGAAACCAUGAGGCUUAUAGACAUUGGGCUCCCUCAGAGUAAAAAUAAAGUUAACAUUAACGGUAAGGCCAGGAUCGAAAGUAAAAUACAAUGAAGGUAAGUAUAAAUUAACUAAUUACAUAGACUGAGUUGACAGAAUAUAAAGUAUGGUACAAGUAACAAUAAGAAUGAAAAUAAUAUCAGACAUGUGAAGAAAUAUAACUAUUUACUACAAGAUUUAUAACUAAUAAUUCAUAUACAAUUUUUUUUUCAAUUUCGUUUUGAAUAAGUGGAGAGAAUUAGAUUCUUUAAUAUCAUUUUCUAUAGAGUUAUAAUAAGUAGGUCCUUGGAAACUGACAGAAAGUUUACAAAGGUUUGUUCUACAAGAAGGAAGGUGAAAAUCGUUCGCGUGUCUAGUGGCAUAGCUAUGGACUUGUUUGUUUAAAGAAAAAUAAUUGUUGAACUUUGAAGGCAAAAGAGAAUGGUUAAGAGCAAACAUAAGUUUACCCAAUUCUAGCUGUCUAAUAUUGGAAAGUUUUAGUAGUUCUAAUUCUUUGAAAAUAGGGUCUGAAUGAGAAUCGAAAGUUGAUUGAGAAAUAAUUCUGAUAACUCGCUUUUGAAAAGAGACAAGACGGCAAAGAUUGGUUUUGUACGUAGAUCCCCAGACAAUAAUAGAAUAAUGAAGAUAAGGAUAAACUUAACAAUAAUAAAGAGUUCUUAGACACGGCUUAGGUAGAAAAAAUCUUGCUCUAUUAAUGACACCUAUUGAUUUCGAGAUUUUACAAGCUACUUGAGAAAUGUGCGGUUUCCAAGACAGAUGUUCAUCAAGGACUACACCGAGGAAGACCGUUUCCUUAACCUGUUCGAUUCUCUGGUCAUUUAUGCAUAUUUGCAUUGGAAAAUGAUACCUUUUCUGUCUAGGCUUAAAUAACAUAAAGUUUGUUUUCUUCAGGUUUAAGGAGAGUUUGUUUGCCUUAAACCAAGUGGAUAAUUUAUUAAGUUCGGAAUUGAGUGAUGCUGCCAGGUAGACAGGAUCUUAAUGGGACAUAAAUAAAUAAGUAUCAUCAGCGAAUAAAAUCAGCUCGACGAGCGUCGAUACAUUAUUUAAAUCAUUAAUCUAGAGCAAGAAAAACAAGGGGCCUAAAAUGGAUCCCUGGGGGACACCACAGCAGAUAGUUUGAGGAGAGAAGCAUUGACCGUUAAAUUGAACGAAUUGCAACCUGUUGGAGAGGUAGCUUCUAACCCAGUCCAGAGCCACGCCACAUAUACCAUAGUGUUCGAGUUUGUCAAGCAGAAUAUUAUGAUCGACAGUAUCAAAGGCCUUAGAAAGAUCAAGGAAAACGCCAACGGCAUGUUCAUUGUGAUCAAGAGCAAGGGAGAUUUUUUCAUGUAGGUCAAUCAAUGCUAACGAAGUUGAAUGAUUUUUCCUGAAGCCAAAUUGAUUAUCACAUAGAAUUUCUAGUUUACUUAAAUAAUUAUAAAGACGGUUAUAAACAACCUUUUCAAGAAACUUAGAAAAGCUAGGGAGAAUCGAGAUCGGUCUAUAGUUCGUAAAGAGUGAUCGAUCACCGGCUUUAAAGAGUGGUAUCACGCGAGCAAUUUUCAUUUGGUCGGGAACAAUGCCAUGAGAGAUAGAUAAAUUGAUUAUAUGAGCUAAAGGAUCGGCUAUAAUUUGAAUUGACUGUUUUAUGAUGGAAAUGGUAAUUCUAUCAUGGCCAGCUAACUGAAGUACAGAAAUCUGUCUCAUGUCUAAACAGUUUUAAAACUAAUCCAAUGUGCUUUUAUUUUUAGCUCACAUUGUUGGAAAGUACAAUGGGAAGGUCUUUGAAGAUCGUGAAGUCUCUUUUCAAAUGAGAGAAGGUAAUAUUGCUUCACGAAGGUAUGAUUACCGUUACUCCAGUUAAUAAAUACCAACAUAUGCUUACAGAAGUUGCAUCCUUUCUUCAGGCUGGUAUAGUCAAAGUUUGAAAAAAUUCACACUGUAUGAUAGGCUUUCCUUGUGACAUACUGGCAACUAUUAAGAAAAGCGUUAGAGGGGAGGGGCAUUGAAAUUGUAUUUUCUUGUUUGGUAAGAAAAUGGGCUAGGCACUUAUUUGGGGAUGGAGAAGCUUUUUUGCAGGAACACUUUGAGGAUGUGUGGUAAUUAAUGAAAUUACACCAGGAAACUUCUCUUCUUUGUAGCUUCAAACUAAUAAUAGUUAUAAUAAUAAGUUGUAAUCAUAAAUCAGUAAUGUGCUCAAAUGUUUUAAGGCAGUCUAGGGUAAAUGUAAUCAGAUUUAUUCUUCUUUGACUGUAGGCUCAGAGCAUGGCCUCCUUGCUGGUGUAGAAGAAGCUAUGGCACAAAUGUGCAAUGGAGAAAAAGCACAAGUUUGGAUUCACCCUGGGAAAUGGGGAUUUGGCACAGCAGGAAAGCCAGAGUUUGAUAUUCCUGGAGAGGCCUUACUAGAAUAUAUCAUUCACCUAAAGAAAUUUGAAAAUGUGAGUAUCGUUGGCUUUAAUGCAACAAAUUGCCUUAUGAAAAUUCUGAAUAACAGUACUUCACCCUCCUAGAACUAUUAUCUAUCAACUUUGAUUAUUCUUGCUUAAAGAAGUUUCCUCUUACUGGUAAUUGCUGUGUAAAUUUUUAAGAGCAAAGAAAACUGGGAAUUGAGCAAUGAUGAGAAGAUCAAUUUAGCAGCUUUGACCAAGGAGAAAGGAACAAAAUACUUUAAGGUUAGCAUUAAGUUCUUUGUAUUUUGGUGAUGUUGAAGUUUUGGUUUAUUUAUUUAUUUGUAUACUUCAUAUAUUCGAAUAAGUACCCAACCUUGAAUUAGCGCCCACCUCGAAUAGGUGCCCAUCCUAAAAGCAGAAAAAGUUAGUAAGUGCCCAGCUUUGAAUAAGUGCCCACCUCACCCCUACCCCCACCCCUCCUCCUCCUAAUCAAACUUAAAUAAUUAAGCACCCAGCCCUACCCCACCCACUUGAGCGACAAUGUGAUUGAAAUGGAAUAAGUACAGUACUAAUAAGAGACUUUCCCGAGGAGAGAGUUUUCUUCAGGGUAUUUUACAGAAACCUUGCUUUGUUACUUCUUCGCAUUUAAUUGUUAUUAACAUUUUUGUGUUUUGUUGCAAAAUAAACAUACUACACUAAUUGCUGAAAAGGGUGAAAUUUGGCAAGCUCCCAGCCUCAAAAAAGCACCAACCUCGAAUAAGCGGCCACUCUCAAGGUCCAAAAAUUAAAUAAGCGCCCAGGGUUGUUAAUCGAAUAAUAUUUAUCUAGAGACACGAAACUGAAUAAUUAUUAUCAAAGCACAUAUGGACACUCAAACACAACAACAAGCCUUUCAACUUAAGUGGAAAAUCAUCAAACAAUGCAAACCUUAAAACAACGUAACUAAGAAAUGUAAUUUAUGUCUUUUUGAAAAACUCAUAAACUCUGUAAAAUGGAUCUGUGCAGUCUAGACAAGCGAAAUGAGAUAGGGACGGACCAUUAGAAAAGUUAUGGGGGGAAUUUUCGAGCCGCAGGAAUUUUUUUCAUUAUCAAAUUCCUUGUAUGAAUUUUUUUAGGCCCUAGCAGGAAUAUUUUUUAGGAUUAAUUAAUUGGCAUGCAUGAAUUUUUUUCAUUUAAUUUUCCCUUGCACGAAUAUUUUUUUGUACGACACCUGCCCCCCCGAUAAGUUUUCUUAUGGUCUGUCCCUUAGCAGGUUCAUGCCCCCACAGAAACAGAUACCUCCUCAAGAACUUUAUGAUAAAGUACCACAAUCUCCCAAAUUAUAAAUAGCAACCAUAUGAUUUAUAUGAUGAAAUAAAGGCAUGCUGUUUUUACAUCUUAUCGCAACCGUAUUUCUGCUUUUUUGCCACUUAUUGUAAUUUAAUGGUCAAUUGUUGAUAUUACCUGAUGAGUGUGGUCAUCUUUUGGCCACACAAAACAGAGCUGUAGUAAUAAAACGAUGCACUAUCUCUGAAGUCUUGAACCAGUUUAUUAUAAUUAUCCAUUCAUUCAUUAUAGAUUCCACAUACUGUUUGUCUAAAAUAUGUGUCUCCCUUUGCUUAGAUAGUGACCAGAAAUCAUCAUGCCUAGCAAUGUUUGUUAGGUAAACGGGUUAAGGCAUGUUAUUGAGGGGAAAAAUGAAAUUGUGGUCUUAAAUGGUCAAGUUCUAAAUAUGAUGUGGUUAUAAAGUAUAUUUUCCUGUGUAUUUGGGUGUGGUACUGUAUGGCAAUGAGUUUACACGACAGAUAAAAUGGAUGCAAAAUAUAACUCUUAUAUUUUUACCAGGAAGGGAAAUACCAGAUAGCAGCUCAUCAGUACACCAGGGUCAUCGCCUUAGUAGAUGGUUACUUUAAAGAAGAAGAGAAGGAGAAGCGAGAUCCACUUAAGUUGGCUGGUCAUCUUAAUCUCGCUGCCUGCCAUCUAAAACUCAAUAGCAACUUCAAAUGCAUCAAAGAAUGUGAAAAGGUGUGUACAUCUAGUUUUUUGUAUUUUAGUAUUUUAAAAACUAAUAUGCAACUGUUUUGAAUAUUCUAUAGCAUGGUUUUUAUGGACUCACACUCACUAAUUAUUCAUGAAGUCGAUAGCCAAUUAAUGAUGACCAUUUGCAUGGUUCGUACAAUCUUGAAAAGGUCUUGAAUUUUAGCAGUUGUCUUGAAAACACAUUGAUUUUGGUUAAGUCCUUGAAAAGUACUUUAUUUGUUUAUUAGGUCUGAAAAUAUUUUUGUGCACGAGCAAUAUCUUACUUCUGUUUCUUUAUUUUAAAUCCUAUUUAUGUACCUCAGAUGCAAUUGCAAGUCAUACCUAAUCAUUUUUCAAAGUGUUGUUACAGAAAGUGGUAUAAAAUACUGUGAUCAAUCAUGGCUCAAGAAUUAAAAAUUUUAAAUGACUCCAUGACAUGUUUUAGCCAAUAAGGUGUUCAAGAGGGGUUUGUUGUGAACAAGGGAAGACAUUUGCCUGGAGAAUAUUAGGCUCUAAUCACCAAAUCUCUUACUAACACAAACAUGGCAGCAAACUGCAACCACAAGGAUUGCAGGCUCAUACAAUAAAGUCAAAUCACACUACAUAUACAAUACAACGAAUCAUAAUGUAAUGCGAUACGUCACACAACUCUUGCAGUGUUCAAGUGUUUCUAGUUUCUAGCUUUAGUUUGCAAAUUAUCAUUUACACCACAGGGUUUAAAGAAUGCCAAUUUUUCGAAUAAAUCUUACUCCUUGAAGACUGUAAUUUGUUCUUGAAAAGUCCUGGAAAUUUGUUUGUCUGAAAUUGUAGGAACCAUGAUUUGGGUCAGGUGGAUGAAUCUUGAUGCCUAUGAAACACCAGAUAAAACACCAUGCAUUUUUGUUAUACUCGGACUGUAUGCUUCAUCACGGGCUCCAAACACCUUGAAGCAGAUGAAAGCUUCCGGCCUAUGGCCUCCUGCUGUUUCUUGGUGUUUGGCACUUGCCCUCGUUCUUAACAGCUUACUUGAAAUACUCUUGUGUACAUCAACAAGAGUCUUAGUCACUUAUGGCUGUAAAAUGUGUAAAAAAUACAUGUUAAGUACAUGUUCAUGCGAUUGUAAAACUAAUUCUCUUUCCCUGUUAUUGUAGGCUCUUGAAAUUGAAAAACAGAACAUAAAAGCACUAUUCAGAAGAGGAAAAGUAAGUAGUUAGACUUAAUGUAAAUUGAAGUUGACAUGCAUUACUUGAUUCAGUUUAUAAAACAGUAAAACCCCGGAACUAAGAACCUGUUAGGCUAAAAUUUGCCUGUUAAGCCCCCUCUAUACAAGAACCUGUUUAGUCUAAAUUUUAAAACAGGUUCUUAUUUUCUAAGGUCUAUGAAAAAAGUCUGUGCACUUGGGCAAAUAUUAGAUAAGUCAACAUUCAGAAUUUUCUUUGGAGAGAUAGCUGCCUUAUCACUCUAACUGCAAUUUAACUGCCAAUGCAGUCAAUGAGGUCAAUCCUUUACUUCUUCCUUUUAUGGUCAUUUUUACAUACAUGUAACUUCAAUUACAGAAUAUGAGGAAUAAGCUGAACCACUAAAUACUCUUAGCUACAUCGUAUUUUGUGUCUUUAGAAAAUAAGAAACCAUUUAAGAACCUAAAUAGCCUAAACAUGUGCUAACUAUCAUUUAUUAUAAGAACCUGUUUCGGCUGACUUGGUAAAAUUUAGGUCUUAGUUGCAGAACGAGUGAUGGGGCAGGUCGAAAGCACCAAUGCAAGCUUUUGGUGGAUUUUUCGGAAACCGGUCGUUUCGCCAACGAGUCGUUUCGCCAACGGUCGUUUCGCAAACGUCUCCGGUCAGUUCGCAAAUAUCUCAUGUCAAUGUUUAUAACGUUUGCGAAUUGACUUCGAAACGUUUGCGAACUGACUUCUACACGUUUGCGAACUGACCGGAGACGUUUGCGAAACGACCGUUGGCGAAACGACUCGUUGGCGAAACGACCGACAUUCGAUUUUUCAGCUCUGACUGAAAGCUGUUCUACGUUGUGCAUACAUUUGUAGUCAAGCCCAAAAAAGCUAACAAAAACAUCCGUCUUAAAAAAGACGUUCAACAGGCUGUGUAACCAUCCCUCUUUAUUUACAAUUGCCACCUCUGCAGAUUUCAUCCAAAUACUCAAAAGGUAGAAUUUGCUACCCAGAAGCUUGGUAAUAGUGAUAAUCAUGAUAGUGAUAAUCAAGAAAACUUGAAAAUAAUUAGAAGCAGGGAGUAAUGAGAAUACCUUUAAUAGAGUGUCGGACACUUGGUUAUUGUUUCUUUACUCUGAACAUAUGUUAUCAACACUUGAAGACAAUUUUCAUUUGAUGUUUAAGAUAUGACCUUGCGAAGACAGUGAACGUUAAAUUGAAACAAUCAUAGCGCAGAGUAUAAAGCACAAAAGGAAGGGUUUCCGUUUAAGUUGGGAGAGUAGCUCUUUACACGCCCGAUUUAAUUGAGUGAUUGCGAGAACACAAUAACCAAGUUAAUCUCAGUGGAAUUUACUGAUUGAGCUGUAGUUCGUUUUAGUCUUCUUUUCCCCAGUAAAAAAACUGGACAAACGUUAUGAAAAGAGAGAGGGGUGGGGAAGAAAACGCCUUAUUCCCUCUUGACAUUUUUCCUUGAGUGUUUUGUUUUGUUGGUUUUGUUUUGGGGUAAGAGCUAAUUAUGACAUUGGUAAACUAGAAAUAAAGACCUUUGGUUUGCAAUGACCUUUCAAUGUUGUGGAAAAGUACGAUCUUAUAAUUAAUUAAUUCUGUUCAUGGCUCAUUCAGAAGGAGUAAACAAUGAUACCCUUUGCAUCCCUUUACCAGGCCAGAUUAUCUAUCAGCGAACUUGACCUGGCAAAGAAAGACUUUGAACUUGUGCUCAAAAUCGACCCAAAGAACAGAGAAGCUCAACAGCAGCUAAACUUGGUCAACAAGAACAUAAAACAGCAUACGGCCAAGGAGAAAGUCAUAUUUGGUAAGUAUUUGGUUAUUGCUCUUUUCUCUCUUAAAGUAACAGGUCAGAGUUCGGUGAUACAAGUAGUUUCCCUGUGAAAAUGUGAGGGCACCACGCUCUCGAGAGAGUUCGCGCUAAUAUUGCUUCUACCCCUAAGAAUUACAUGUAGUUUUGUUUUGUUUUUGUAUUGUUCACCGUAACGAACCCGAAGAAUCCAACUUUAUCUUCCUGAACCUAUCUCUUGGAAUCUCAUAAUAAACACGCGCGGGGUAGCCAGUCUCGCUACGUUUCUCGAGGCAGGGCUGAUCUCUAUAUCGAGAAUAGACUCUCGCGUUUAGGUACACUAGGUGUACUUCCCUCAGUUUCCUCAGGGAUAGCAGAGCGAACGAAAAACUCGAUAACGCGUGAAAAAUCGUAUUGAGGUAAACUACGAGUAGUUCCCUCAAUUUCCUCCGGGAUAGUAAAGCGAACCUUAAACGCGAUAACGCGUGAAAAUUCGUCUUGAGGUAAACCACGAGAAGUUCCCUCAAUUUCCUCAGGUUUGGUAGAGCGAAUGAAAUACGCGAUAACGCGUGAAAAACCGUGUUGAGAUUAACCACAAGUAGUGCCCUUAAUUUCUUCAGGGAUAGUAAAGCGAACGAAAAACGCGAUAACGCGUGAAAAAUCGCAAACCGCAGGAAGGUUUCACGCGGAGGAAAGACAGAAUUGUUCGUGGCUUCAUAUUCCAGGGACUGUGAUGUAUCUAAGUAUCACAGGAGACCCAACCAAGAAGCCGACAGUAAUCAGUUCACUCUGAAAUGGUUAGCUUACGGGACGUUCUUCUGUCCUGGGAGCAUCUAGUUCAUUGUGACAUCUUUGUUGCAGUCAGGUUAAAGUUACAACAUGGGUGAAAAAAAAUAAGGUAACCACUGCUGCAAAGAGCCGCUGACAUCUGUCGUUCUUCAGUACAGUUUAUGAUGGUGCACAAGAUGGUUCUAACUUUUGAGUCUGAGGAUAAAAUCUCAAAAUAUGUCCGUUCCAAUAAAAGGUACUAACCACUACUUUCCUGUAGUGCUCACGGUGUAUUUUGCUGCACAAGGUGGUUCUAACGUUUGAGUCUCAGGAUGAAAUCUUUAAAGUGUGUCUUUUCCAUUUAAUGGCACUAACCAGUACUUUCCUCUGGUGUUGUUUAUUAUUCUGUACAAGGUAGUUCUUCUAAAGUGCAACCAUUAAAAAAAGCUAUUGAGGAGUACGUUUCUCUGGUAAUGGCUAAAUUAUGCUUUUACCUGGUGGCUCGGCCUGUUUUCCGUAAGACAUGUUUUCGAAGAAGCAAAUGUUGCCUAGAAUUUUCUAAGUUUGAGGACGCUAAAAAUUCCCGAUGACCGUGCCAUUCAUGUACGAUUUUUGCUUGUCUAAUACAUUCUGUACGAUUUUCUGAAACUGAAUUUUUCACAUUCGCCUUCCCCCCCACCCCCGGUUUAGCUAAAAUUUGCUGAAGCCCUCGUAAUUUCCAAAUUUGAUAACGCCACUUAGAAUGCAUUUCUAGGGAUCUGAAGGUACUCGGGAUAACCUGAAAAGCGUUUUUCGAUGUAAGGGUGUAAAGGAGCACACGAGCCAAAGGUCCAAACGGCCGGAGCUUAUCCCGGCUUCCUUAGCAUAAAGCGUGCAUAGGAGUGCUGGUACUCCUGACUGGAAAGGAUGCUAGUCCUCCCCCCAGCAGUAUGUCGUCGGUUCCCAUUUAUACACCUGGGUGAAGAGAGACAAAGUGGAGUAAAGUUCCUUGUCUAAGGAAACAACAGGACAGGCGAGGUUGUUAAUGUAUUUGGAGAAAACUGUCGUUGGGUGCCCCUGCUUUGAGUCUGUGAAUGAGUGAAAAUCCUAUAAGUGUAAAUUCUCACUCACACACUCACUUGGUCGCCCGAAGGCGGGCAACCACUAGAUCUUUCCACAGCCUCUUAUCAGCCAUCAGUACAGCAAUCUCACUUGCUUCGAGUGCCCCAGUAUCCCUCUUAAGAGUGUCAAUAUAGGUAGUCGGUCGGUCUUCCUCUCCCGCGAUGACCAUGUGUGGGCUCCCAUAGGACUAAUUUCUGGUUACUUAGCUCUGGAUGGCGAUCUUCCCAAUAAUAGGUAUAAGCAAUAAAAAUUGUUUUUUUUUUUUAUUCCUCAGCUAACAUGUUUGAGCGUCUGGCGCGCAAAGAAGAACUCCAGGCAGGGCAAACGCAGCGUCGCGAUGUGUUUCAAGAAGCCACAGACGAAGAAAUGAGAAAACUUUCAAACUCAAGCGACACAAAACCACUUGCUGCGAAAGAUCAAGAGGAAGCGCCAUCGACGGAAGUCAACGGUCAAGGAAACGCAGAUGUAGAAAUGAAAGAAGACGACAAAGGAGGCGUGGUUUGUUGACAUCCGGUUGAAAACGAAAUGACGAACAAUUUUUUAAGAAUUGGAUCCCAAAUUUAGCGUCUGCAUUCCUGCCCAUCAACAACUGUCCAGUCCACCGUCUCUCAACGGAAACCUCCCUAAAACGGAAACCAAGAGUUGGACAGACCCUGCCGGACUCCUCAUUUAGAAAACCGGACGUGUGUUGCCGGUUUCAACGCUGUCCGUGGCUUGUACUAGAGAGAGUAGACUGUGUUAUAAGCGCCCCAUGUAAAGGAAUCCAAGACAGUCUUGGGCUCUGGAUUCCAGAUACUGGAUACCAGAUU